AAAAAAAAACGAAAUAUAUAAAUUUCUUAACGCCCAAACCAAAUUUGUUAUCACAUAUCUCCAUUACCCGAAACCCUAAUCCCCAAUUUCUCUUCCAAUUUGUUUCGAUCACGAUCUCUGAGAAAUCAAUCAAAAGAGAGCAAAUUCAAAAGCUUCACGGCGGAGAUCAAAUUCUCAUUCAGACAUUACAGAAGGGUAUUAUUAUUAAAAGACGACUGAGUGGAAUCAAUCAUGAGAUUCAGAAAAGGGAGUCGAGUUGAGGUGUUUACAAACAAAGAAGCACCUUAUGGUGCGUGGCGUUGUGCUGAGAUUAUUUCGGGUAAUGGACAUACCUACAAUGUUAGAUAUUGCUCUUUCCAACUUGAACACGAGGAAGAGGAUACCGUGACGGUGAGAGUUCCCAGGAAGAUCAUUAGGCCGUGUCCUCCACAUGUUGAUGUUCAGAGAUGGGAGACUGGUGAACUGGUUGAAGUUCUUGAUAACCAUUCCUGGAAAGCUGCCACUGUUCGAGAGGAGUUAUGUGGAAACUACUAUUUGGUUCGGUUACUUGGGACUCCAGCGGAAUUUACAUUUCAUCAAGUUAACCUUAGGGUCCGACAGUCGUGGCAAGAUGAGACAUGGGUUGCAAUCGGAAAGAUAUCAGGUUCUGUGAAGUCAUCCACACUGACUGGAUCAGACGUACAUCAAAAGCUACAGCCCCAUACGAACAACAAACUCGUCCAUGAGCCAAGUGUUGUCUCUGCUAGAGUACUAAAGAGGCCGUCACCCUACGACUGGUCUGAAUGUGCUGAAUCAUGCACAGGAAACCCUAAGAAGAUACGAUCAUUGGAAAAAGAAGGACAGAAGCACCGAUUUUCUGCGCAAAAGGUAGAUGCUUUUGCUUGCCGACCUGAAAGUAGAGGUGGUAAAUCUCACCUGCAAGCUUCCUUUAACAAUAAAAAAACUGGUUGCUGUCAAAUCGUCAGGGUAAGAUCAAAAGGGUUUAGUGAGAGUGUUCGUGCAGGAAGCUUAGACGCUGAUUCUGAUAGUGAUGCAUGCUCAGUUGGUAGUUGUAGUGCUACUAGUUAUGAUGAGAGUAAUAUGCCACCUUGUAUGCUAGAUGACUCUAGUAAUCAAUCAGACUCAUGUAGCAGCGAUGCUGAAUCUUCUUGUGGCCUCGGGGAAGAAGCAAGGAGGGAACAUCCAUCAGCUCGUGAUGGAGCAGGAAGGUCCUGUAGGUCUGAACUAUAUACUUACCGCAGUACUUUGGGGGAAUUAUUUUCUUCUGGUCCCCUAAGUUGGGAGCAAGAAGCGUCAUUAACUGAUCUUCGUCUUUCUCUUAAUAUAUCAGAUGAUGAACAUUUGAUGGAGGAACAGUGUUGCCUUGUUCGGGGCAUGCAGAUCUUUUGCUUCUAGAGGUUAACUCUGAUGCUGGGGUUUACAACUUCACCCGUGGCCAUCUGAAUGGUGUCCUGGAGUCGCUUUGUCCACAGGGCUUGAAAGCUAUGCUUUAAGCAGGUUUCUUAGAUAUGUUUUACACUCUGGUUGGUAAUUUUGCUGAUAACAUGUCGAGAUCGAGUAGUUUCUCAUUUCUCUUUACACUAUUUUACGGUGCUCUCUUUGUGGUAUUGUGUCCGCUCUUGUUACUUCAUUAGAACUGCAUGAUGUAGAUCAGUAGAUCCUACGAUGUUUAAUUUUUACUAGCUUUGUAAGUAAUUCUGAUAUAUAGAUUUAGAACACACUGGUGUUCCAAUUACAUUGGUUCUGUUUUCGGUGUUCUUUUCCAAAGGCAUAUAUAGUCUAUGACACUCAAUUCUUUCUGGAAAUAAACGUUGUGCCUGGUGAAAGGUAAGUUUGAAUUGGGGUAACGUUUGUCCGUCUGGAAGAAUUGUAUAUGCUUUGCUCAUCCAGAAAAUAUGUCGUGAAUUGAUGUUGAAUGAUUCCUUAUUCUGAUUUGUUCUCAUGAUUUGUUUUCAUGGAAUUUAUCGAGAAGAAAGGGAACACAUACCUUCUUUCGUGCUUAGUUAGUCGCAUGUGCAUUGUGGAAAUUCUCCAAGCUCACUCUUCAGAUCUCUUCAGCAAAGCUAUUUUUUUACAUGGCAGUAUGAAACUCCAAAACCGAAUUCAUUAACUGUCACCAAGACUUUCUUGCAAAAGCAACCUGGCAAUACUUCAUUUGUUACUCAGAAAUAUGCUUAAUGUUAUAAUGGUCAUGAAAAGUGAUUGGUCGAUAGAAGAAGUUGUAAAGUAAGAAUUAUAUCUAUGUGAUGAAUGAUGACGAGGAUGUUGUUAUUACAAGCCAUGAGCUGUCUUGUCUUCCUCUUGUUUUGUGGUUACUUGCUUGCAAGAGGAAAUCUUAGCAUCAAAUAUGAAACUGAAACGCAACCCUGGUAACAACUGGCGGCUGGCAGUAAACAAGAAAACAAGUUAUGAACCUGCAAUUUCAUUUCAAUGUACAUAGAUAUAAUCUUCGCACUUGAUAUCUAACUUAUAAUAUAUCCAGGUUUUUAUUGA